CGGGGCGCUGCGCGGACACAUGCGCCUGCAGGACGGGCCGCAGGGCGGAGAGGCGCUUCCUUUUCCGGGUCAGCUCUCGCGUGUACUUUCUGUCUGAUGGCUGCUGCAGGAAAGGCUGCCGCUUUCCAUCUGCCUCCUCUGCCAACGGUGGGGGAGAUCAUUAAGCUUUUUCGUCUUCGAGCACAGAAAGAACUUUCCCAGAAUUUUUUGCUGGACUUGCGAUUGACAGACAAGAUAGUGAGACAAGCUGGCAAGCUGAAAAAUGCUUAUGUCUGCGAAGUGGGCCCUGGGCCAGGAGGAAUUACCAGGUCUAUUCUCAAUGCUGGUGUUCAACAACUCCUCUUGGUUGAAAAAGAUACUCGAUUUAUUCCAGGAUUGCAGAUGCUGUCUGAAGCAGCUCCAGGAAAAGUACGCAUUGUUCAUGGAGAUAUUCUGACAUAUAAGAUGGAGAAGGCUUUUCCAAAUCACUUAAAGAAGAGCUGGGAGGAUGAGCCACCAAAUAUUCAUAUCAUUGGAAAUCUACCGUUCAGUGUUUCAACUCCUCUGAUCAUCAAAUGGCUUGAAAAUGUUUCUAAAAGAGAUGGACCUUUUACUUAUGGAAGGACGCAGAUGACACUGACUUUUCAGAAGGAAGUUGCAGAGAGGCUUACUGCUAAUACAGGAGGCAAGCAACGUAGCAGACUGUCCAUCAUGUCUCAGCAUCUCUGCACUGUUGAGAGCUGUUUUGUAAUACCAGGCCAAGCCUUUGUUCCAAAGCCAGAUGUGGAUGUGGCAGUAGUGCAUUUCACUCCAUUGGUGCAACCAAAGAUACAGCAGCCAUUUGAGCUAGUGGAAAAAGUGGUUCAAAGUGUUUUUCAGUUUAGAAGAAAAUAUUGCUGCCGUGGAGUUGAGAUCUUGUUUCCUGAAAGAGAACGUUUGAAAAAAACAGAACAGUUGAUGAUGGCAGCAGAUGUUGAUCCAACUCUGCGUCCUGUUCAGCUCACUAUGUCGCACUUUAGAAAUCUGUGCAAUACAUACAGGAAAAUGUGUGAUGAAGACCCGAACCUUUUUGCAUACAAUUAUAGAGAAGAGCUAAGGCAGAAGAAGAGGAAGCGUUCCCCUGAAAGUACAGACCGGCUAGAAGAAACUGUAGAGGAAAAUCCUCUGUAAUUACAGCAGACUGAACUGGGAUUUAACUCCUUGAACUAGAAGUGUUGAUCUAUGUAUUCUUACAUCUGUUCAGGUAUGGAAGAAGUAACUUUUGAAAAAGUGGUGAAGGGGGCUUUCCUAUUUUAUUUGUUCUGUUCAGCUGUAGACAAAAGUUUAGGACAGUCCGCUUACAAUGUGCCUACUGGUUCUUCUUGCUUCCGAAGACAGAACACACACCCAGAACAAGGUAUGUUGUGAGAUACGUAAUUAAAUUGAAAUAAUACA